AUGGAUACUACCAAAUCAGCCAGGAAUGUAUACAGCAUCGACCAAAUUCUCGGAACUACUCAUCCGUCUAAAAUCGAAAAUACGAGUGUUCAUUGCCAAUCGAAAUUGGACGCAUUAUAUGCUGCUAGUGGGACCGAUCAAUCAUUGCAUCGGUCCGACGAACACGAUGACGAUAAACCGCGAAAAGUUCGCCGUAGUAGAACAACAUUCACCACAUAUCAAUUACAUCAAUUAGAAAGAGCUUUCGAAAAAACACAAUAUCCUGAUGUAUUUACCAGAGAAGAACUCGCCUUACGAUUGGAUCUCAGUGAAGCCAGAGUGCAGGUAUGGUUUCAAAACCGUAGAGCUAAAUGGAGAAAACGAGAAAAAUCAAUGGGCAGAGAAUCAAAUCCAUACAUACCUGACCACACGUUGUUCAGAAACGAUUGUUUGCCCGUGGCACCCGCGCUAGGAGGUCCACUGCCGUUCCUCACACCCGAACAGUUCUGGCCGAGCAUCGUGUUCAACCCGGCGGCCGCGUCCGCGUUCCUGCUCGGCCUGCCGUGGCACCAUCAUCACGCCGCCCAGCCGUCGGCCACCGCGGCGGCCGCGUCGUACCAGUCGUCCGUGCACAAGGCGCUGUCCGAGCGGAUCAUCACCGCCAACCAGUGGCCGACCGCCGCGCUGCAGACGUCGUCCUCCGAACCGCACAGCCCAUCGUCCGCGGGCUCGUCCAGCCCCGCCGCGCUGUCGCCCGCUCGCGAGCCGUCGGUGGACGCGGCCACGGUCGCCGCCGCCGCCGCCGCCGAAAACCGUUCGCCCUACCUGAACGACGACGGCGACGAUGACGACGACGACGACGACGACAACGACGAAUCCGGCAGGUGUUCGCCGUCCGUUUUGAUGGAAAACGUUUCCUGUUAG